CUCCUUCCCGCUUCCCAUGGCAGGACUUCCACUGCGGGCAGUAAUUAACGAGCCGUUUGCUCCGGGGCUGGUGGAAUAAUGUGCAUUGCUUUUUUGUGUUGUUGUCGGAAACUGCUUAGUUGCCUAGCACCACAGUCGCCUGCUUCCUUGUCCUCCCCGCGGCUCCUGUGCUGUGGUCGCCUUGCUGCGCCGCCGGUCGGCGAUCCGGACCAAGACGGUGAGAGAGGCGUUCGCUCGAGCUCAGGGGGCUACGGCGACGACACCCGCCCGGCAGGAGUAUGCUACGAGGCAAGUCCCGGCUCAACGUGGAGUGGCUGGGCUACUCGCCCGGCCUGCUCCUCCAGAACAAGCCGCUCCUGGCAGGGCGCACGCCGCGCAACCUCCGCGGAAGUGAAAGUUCGUUAGCUUCCACACUGAAGACGCUCCUGUUCUUCACGGCUUUAAUGAUAACGGUUCCGAUCGGAUUAUAUUUCGCAACUAAAUCUUACAUAUUUGAAGGUGCCCUAGGGAUGUCCAACAGGGACAGUUACUUUUAUGCAGCAAUUGUUGCUGUCGUUGCAGUUCAUGUGGUGCUGGCCCUCUUUGUCUAUGUGGCCUGGAAUGAAGGCUCACGGCAGUGGCGUGAAGGCAAGCAAGAUUAAAGUGAAUAUCGCCUUUUCAUGCAAUUUAAAUGAUCUUUUAAUAUGGUAAAUCUUUCUGAAGCAUUGGUAAUGAGUAAAUUUUAUUUGAAUAAAGUUGAAAUAACAUGUUAAAAUCAAACUUAAGGAGUCACAUUUGACCAUGUGUAAAUUUUAACUCAUCUAAUAUAGUAUUUUGUAUAAUUGGGUUUAACUUCAUGAAUUUCCCAUUUGGAAAGGAGAAUUGAAAAUGUUAAAUUGGUAUAAAUGAAUACAUUAAAUGAGUUUCACAUUAUCCUGGGAACAGUUUGAUUAUCUUACAACAAAAAGAAAGUUUUAUAACUUUUUGUCUUAAAAGUUGCUUUUAAGUUUUACUGUGCAUAUAUUAAGAUGUACAUGGUGACACAAGUCUAAACUUGAACACAGGAGCAUUUCCCUAACUAUCAUGAAAAUAUCAGGUCCUUGGAUUUGAGAUUUUAAUUUCCUGUGGAAAACUGCUUAAAUUUUGGACACUGGUAUUAAUCUGAAUGUCACUGACAAAUUUCACAAAAGUAUAAUUCCUAGUCAGAGUAUAUCUCUCAUUACAAUUAUUUGAUGGGAAAAUUAAGAUAAGUCACACCCCAUUCAUGGAAAGGAAUUUGAUUUAUUGCAGGAUCUAGAGAGCAAAGAAAAAGUGACUGUCCGCUGUGUGCUUUUAAGAGCAAUUUAUCACAAUGUACUUCUCUCCCUAGUUCACAUGAAACUUAGGCUUCAUUACAAAGUUUGUGGAAAUUCCAUUUAAAAUUAUAAUUCCUACUUUUUAAAAAAAUAUAUAAUGUAUAUGAAUUUGUAUUUCAUAAACUCUUCAUAUUUGCAUACAUUCACAGUGUAAACAAUUCUGAAAAUAUUAAUUUUAUCACUAUCCAAGAAGUAUUCUAGGGAUUUCUGGUCUAAUGGUCUUUUUAAUGAGAGCUUAGUUGCAUUCAAUAUAUAGACACAUAAAUAAUCCUCAAGAUCCUUUUUAAUGGGGAAAACAUCCCUGUGAUUUUACUUUAAUACUUUUAGUCUGUUCUUUCUAGCCAUCUGGUACUGUUUGUCUGCAAUCUAAAAACACUGAUCCUUCAGAUGUUUGUCUCUUAACUAUAGAACCAUAUAAAUAUAUGGAAAAUACAUAUUCAAACAGGAAAACAGCAAAAACUUCCCUUGUAAUCUAGCCACAUGGAGAUAAUCACUACUUUGGUUUGUAUCCUGUGUGCAGUUUUGAAAGUUAUUUCUCAAUGCUAGUUCCAUACAUACUGCAAGUUUGGUUUAAGUUCAGAUCCUGCCAUUUGUAUCUGAUAGCUAUUUACAUUUUUUUCAGAUAAAUGAUAAUUUGCCAUUUUCUUAUAAAGCGCUUUUACUUUUAAAAUUCAAAUUCUCAAUGUUUUUACCAUACAGAAAUGAUAAAUAUGUAAGGAGAUAAAUAUGUGUGACCUAAUUUAAACCUUACACAAUGUAUAUAUGUAUCAAAAUAUCACAUGCCCCCCAAAUAUGUACAAUAUUUAUGUUUUUAUGUAUUAGUUAAGAAAGUAAAAGAAAAUAUAAAUUUCUUAUAACUGAUGAUACCAUUACAAGGACCCUUGGUUAAGUGCUUGCCAUUAUUAAUUUGUUCACUGUUACUGAUUUUUUAUGUUGUGAAACUGGUCAAAAGGAAAAGAAAGAUGAUUAGGCAUAAAAGUCAACCAUGCAUUGGUGCUUGUAGAGCAAAGUAAAAGAUCAGUGUGGAGAUAGGAUUGUUCUUAAUUCUUGCUUAAAGGUAAAUGCUGUCUACAGUUUAAAUAUCUUUAAGCAGCUAUUCUAAAGUUAAAGUUUUUUCGGUAAAUAUUACAAUUGUAUAUAAUGACAUUUGAGUCUAGGGUGUUUUGUUGUAGAGUUCUAAAUGUUUUCCUCAUUAGAUCGCCUGCUGUAUUUAGAAUUAUUCACCUGAUUUUUUACAUAAUGCCAUGGUUUUUCUUGUACUUUUGGAAUCUUAGGCUGUUUGUAAAAUAAAAUGUCCAAUGUUAGAUAAUUUUUUUGAGUUUAGACAUUUACUGAGUAGCUAAUGAUAUGUAUAUUUUUCUGUAAGUAUUUAAACCAGGGAUAUGUGCAAACACAUCAUUUUCUCUUGGGAAAAUACCAAGUGUUUAAAAGUUAAAAUCAGAUUUUAGGAUUGAUUGAUAUUGCUAUUUAGAAUUAUUAUUAAAUAGACUUUUCAAAGCAGUUAUUUUUCCUAGAGUUUUAACUGUUAGCUCACUAGUUUGCUGCUGAUAACUGUGUUAAAUAGCAUAUGGUAUUUGACAAAUAAGUUUAUUUUUCAAGGUAUUUUGCCCGUUUUCACUUGUAUAAUGUAUAUACUUCAAGAUAUAUAGGUAAGAAAGCUACAGUUGAGCCCUUAUACAUUGUUUUAAGUUAGGAAUAUGUUCCCUGUUGGUGUGAAAACUGAUUGUAAUAAUAACCUCAAUUAGGAAGUGUAACUUGAAGCAUCAGUUCAAGCUGCUGAUUUAAUCCCAUUUACUGUAACUAUACCUUCUAAACCUUUUGAUUUACUCUCCAGAAUGUAAUCCUUUUUUCCCCCACUGAGCUAAAAAAUGGCAGAUCUGCUGGAGAAUGUCAUUAGCUUUUCAGAUGGAUACCAUUUUUUGUAUAACAGUAGAAGUUAAUUUUGAGUUGUUAAUGAAGUAUUUUAAACCUGCCAUUAAAAACAAAAUAAAACCCUGUGUUUCAGCCAGGCAAGAUGGUGCACAUCUGUAUUCCCAGCUACUUGGGAGGCUGAGGCAGGAGGAUCAUGGGUUCAAG